AAUCGUUAUUCGUGGAUAAGUUAACAUUGUUAUUUUUAUAAUGACUUGUGAAUACAAUUUUUUUAGAUUUUACAUUAAAUGUAUUUUUUUAGUGUUAACAAAUUAUUAAUUUACACUUAUCUGACAAAAGGGUUAUUAUUUGGUUUGCUCUUAAGGAAACAGAAUUAAAUCAUUUUUAACUGUUUUUUAACAAUGCGUAUAAAACUGAAUCGUAAGCUCUUAUCGCCUGAUACAAUAUGUCCAGAACUCUGUUGGCUAUAUGUAGAUACUUCAAAAAUAUUGCUUAUAAAAGAGUUAAAAGUUAAAGUUAAAUCUGUUCUAAGGGAAAAACACGAUAUAGAACUAUGUUUUGAUGGUAUACCAUUCCUAGAUGAAGAUGAAAUUAACGCUAUUAACGAUAGUGAAGAAAUAAGUGUGAUAAGAAAAGAAACAAACAGUAUUGCUGAACCACAAAUAAUUAAAAUCGACAUUCCUGAGACACUCACCAGCUUUAUGAAUAGUACUAGUAAUAAUUUAUCGAAUGGAAAUCUAAAGUUCAUUCCUGAAAAUGGAAAUAAUAGUUCUGCUUCUUCUGUUGUUAUAAAUUCUGAAAAAAAGAAACGAAAACGAACACAUAAAAAAAAAAAUAAACAAGAAAAUAAUCAUGUGAAAAUGGAAAAUGAUAGAAAUCAAAGUGAGAUUCCUUGUUUUUCUUCUGAGAAAGGAAAUGGUGAUCAUAAGCGAUUUAAAUUGGAAGAAGAAAAUAAUGCUCAAUCUUUUGGUUGUUCGGAAUCAGUAUCUUCAGAUGAAGAAAUACUUCAUGUAACAAGAGAUGUGUAUCGUUGUAGUGCACCACCAAUGCCUAAUAAAAAAGUUUCCAGCAUUAGCUUAGACGUUUGGAAACCACAAUAUAAAGAAUCAAAUACUAAGUUUAAUACUGGCGUACCAGUAUUUAUACGAGGCCAAACAAACAAACCUUCUUCAGACAUAAUACAGAAUAACACUUUCGUUGACAAUAAGAUGCAACAAACUAGUGUAAAUGAAGAUUGUGAUAUGUUAAUCGUAGAUUGGAAGAACAUGUCAACCGUUAAAGUUACGAGUUUAUCAGAAUUAAAAAAUUAUGAUUUAUUACAAUUUAAAACUUUAGCUCUGAAUGAAAAUUGUGAACCUCAAAUGUCAUCUGUAAUAACAUCACGAUUAAUAAACAUUGAUAGUGACACAUUAUAUAUUGAAGUGUUGUCUGGCAUCAAAGAGUUUAUGACUCUAAAUCCGAAGUUCAGAAUGGAUGAUGAGGAAGAAGAAAUUGAAACUUGUCGUAGUGUAAGAUAUAGUGAUCUUUGUGAUUUGGUCAAACUCAUUUAGUUGUUAUGACAAUAAAGGUACAUUUUUUUUUAUGAAAA